GUUAUUAAAUGCAAGGCUGCUGUUGCCUGGGGGGCAGGUAAACCUCUCUCUAUUGAGGAGGUGGAGGUUGCUCCACCCAAAGCUCAUGAAGUUCGUAUCAAGAUUGUUGCCACUGCUGUCUGUCACACUGAUGCCUACACUCUGAGUGGUGCUGACCCUGAAGGAUGUUUCCCUGUGAUCUUGGGACAUGAAGGAGCAGGGAUUGUGGAGAGUGUUGGAGAAGGAGUAACAAAAGUAAAGAAGGGGGACACUGUUAUCCCUCUAUACAUCCCCCAGUGUGGAGAGUGCAAGUUCUGUAAGAAUCCUAAAACAAACCUGUGCCAGAAGAUAAGAAUUACUCAAGGGAAAGGACUCAUGCCUGAUGGUACCAGCAGAUUCACCUGCAAAGGAAAGCAGAUUUACCACUUCAUGGGGACUAGCACCUUCUCUGAGUAUACUGUGGUGGCUGAUAUCUCAGUAGCCAAGAUUGAUGCUGCAGCACCCCUGGAUAAAGUGUGCCUGCUGGGCUGUGGCAUCUCUACCGGCUACGGGGCUGCUGUUAACACUGCUAAGGUGGAGCCUGGUUCUACAUGUGCUGUCUUCGGUUUAGGAGGAGUUGGGCUGGCAGUUAUUAUGGGCUGUAAAAUAGCAGGAGCAUCCCGGAUCAUUGGCAUUGACAUUAACAAGGAUAAGUAUGCCAAAGCCAAAGAGUUUGGAGCUACUGAGUGCAUUAGCCCUCAAGACUUCCAGAAGCCCAUACAGGAGGUGCUGGUUGAGAUGACUGAUGGUGGUGUGGACUACUCGUUCGAGUGCAUCGGAAACGUCGGAGUCAUGAGGUCUGCCUUGGAAGCCUGCCACAAAGGCUGGGGAGUCAGUGUGAUAGUUGGAGUAGCUGCUGCUGGCCAGGAGAUCUCCACACGGCCAUUCCAGCUUGUAACUGGGCGGACAUGGAAAGGGACUGCGUUUGGAGGGUGGGAGGGACAANACAAUGUACCGAAACUGGUGACUGACUACAUGUCCAAAAAGAUCAAGGUUGACGAGUUUGUGACUCACACCCUGCCUUUUGACAAAAUUAAUGAGGCUUUUGAGCUGAUGCAUUCAGGAAAGAGCAUUCGAACUGUCCUAAAGCUUUAGAGCCAAACAUGGACCUUCUAGUUGGCCAGCAACACCAUAACUGCCUUUCUCUAAGGAAUUUUUGAUAGAAGAUACAAUCAAGUAAAUGAAAACUGACUGGGACUACAA